AUGGAGGAGCAAACAACCCACGUCCCUCAGCAGCAGCCAGCACACUGCACUACCGUGACUCCCGCCAUGUCAGCAUCCGCGUCUGUGCUCUCUCUCUCCUUUCUAUUCCUCAUCUCUUUUGGGCCGGUCGGCCUCUCCCAUGCCGCUUCCAAAUGCUCCGUGCCGACGCCGCCGAUCAACAUCCCCAUAUUCCCUACCGACAUCGACCUGCUGCAGUUCGCGCUUAACCUGGAACACAUGGAGGCCGACUGGUUCUUGUACGGCGCGCUCGGCUACGGCCUCGACGCCGUCGCUCCUGAGCUCGUCAUGGGCGGACCUCCGCCCAUCGGCGCCACCAAGGCUAAUCUUGAUAACGUUACCAGCGCCAUCAUGGCUGAGUUUGGAUAUCAGGAAGUCGGUCAUCUCAGGGCCAUCAAAUCGAUGGUGGGUGGCUUCCCCAGGCCAGUGAUCGAUCUCAGCGGCAAGCACUUCGCCAAGAUAUUUGAUGACGCUUUUGGAUUCCAUCUCGACCCUCCCUUCGACCCCUACCUCAACAGCGUCAACUACCUGUUGGCCUCGUACGUAAUCCCCUACGUUGGGCUCGUUGGCUAUGUGGGCGCCAACCCCAACAUCAACGGUUUUCUCUCCAAGAGACUUCUUGCAGGACUGUUGGCAGUUGAAUCUGGGCAAGAUGCAGUUAUAAGAACCCUACUGUACGAGCGAGCGAAUGAGGUCGUCCAACCUUACAAGAACCUAACAGUGGCAGAGUUCACCACGAAGGUGUCAGAGCUAAGGAACAAGCUGGCUUCUUGUGGUGUCAAAGACGAAGGCCUUCUCGUCCCCGUCGGCUGGGGAGCCGAGAACAAGACCAACAGCAACGUACUCUCGGCCAACGUCAACUCGGUCGCUUACAAGAGGACGCCGGCGGAGAUCCUUCGGAUCGUUUAUGGCACCGGCGAUGAAGGAACGCCCGGAGGCUUCUUGCCGAAUGGUGGCGAUGGUGCCAUUGCCAAAGGGCUUCUUAAAUUUGCUUAGAAUCUAUGUAUGAAACAUUGGGGAUGCCAUUUUUAA